CCUGUGACACGUAGCAACGGGGCUACUACAGGGUCUGGAACUGAGUUGGGGGUUAUUUGGGGCCGCUGGAGGUACAACUGCUUCCGCCGCUGCCGACCCCGCAUUUGAUCAUUUGCAAUGUCAGGCUUUGAGAACUUAAACACGGAAUUCUACCAGACAAGUUACAGCAUCGAUGACCAAUCUCAGCCGUCCUAUGAUUAUGGAGGAAGUGGAGGACCCUAUAGCAAACAGUAUGCUGGCUAUGACUAUGCGCAGCAAGGCCGAUUUGUCCCUGCAGACAUGAUGCAGCCACAACAGCCAUACACUGGUCAGAUUUUCCAGCCAACUCAGGCAUAUACUCCAGCUACACCUCAGCCAUUCUACGGAAACAACUUUGAGGAUGAACCACCUUUAUUAGAAGAAUUAGGUAUCAAUUUUGACCACAUCUGGCAAAAAACACUAACAGUGCUACAUCCAUUAAAAGUAGCAGAUGGCAGCAUUAUGAAUGAAACUGAUUUGGCAGGACCAAUGGUUUUUUGCCUUGCCUUUGGAGCCACGUUGUUACUGGCUGGCAAAAUCCAGUUUGGCUACGUAUAUGGGAUCAGUGCAAUUGGAUGUCUAGGGAUGUUUUGUUUAUUGAACUUAAUGAGUAUGACGGGUGUUUCAUUUGGUUGUGUGGCAAGUGUCCUGGGAUAUUGUCUUCUUCCCAUGAUCCUACUUUCUAGCUUUGCAGUGAUAUUUUCUUUACAAGGAAUGGUAGGAAUCAUUCUCACUGCUGGGAUUAUUGGAUGGUGUAGUUUUUCCGCUUCCAAGAUUUUUAUUUCUGCAUUAGCUAUGGAAGGACAGCAACUUUUAGUAGCAUAUCCAUGUGCUUUAUUAUAUGGAGUCUUUGCCCUAAUUUCCGUCUUUUGAACUGAACUUACUGGGAUGUGGACGUCAGUGGGCCAAAUACACAAAAAGAACCUUGAACUCUUAAAUUGGACCAGCACACUGCUGCAACACAAUUCUCGUGCAGAUUUACAAUAGACUAUUGGAGCAGUGGAAGUAAACAUGUAUCUUUUGUUCAUUUUUAUAGAACUUUUGAAUACUGUAUUGGAUUUACCUGCAGUGUGACUAGCUUUAAGUGUUUGUGGUUAUACAAAUAAGAAGUACUAUUUCUUUCCUGUUCUGCAUUCUUUGAAAAACAACUUUUCUUCCUUACAAAUUAUAUUACGAUGUUUUUGAUAGAUUUUUAUCAACUGUGGGAAACUAACCACAAAGCUGAUAAUCUUUCUUAAAAACAACCCAAUUAUAUAUAGUAAACAAGAUACAAAACUUAUUGCAGAAAUAUUUUUUCCAAGGAAUUAGGAAAGAAAAAUUACCUGUGUUCUCAAAUUAAGUACAGUGAAACAAUAAAAACUGGAUCCAGGCAGAGUGUUGUGAGUUUGCACUCCAAAAGAAUUGACAGUCCUGUAAAUUAUCUCAURAAAAUUAUUUGCUAAAAUUCAAAGAUAUGGGAAGUUCACAAUAGACAUGAAACRUGAACGGCUGUGUAGAUAUUAAUAUUAUCUAAACYUGAACUGACCACAUUAUUGCUUAGUUGGGUCUCCACAUUUCCCAGGAGAAAGAAAAUUGCUAACUUUUUUUGAGAAAAAUAUUUAAAAUUUCACAAUUUGAGUAUURCAUUUAUCAAUGUAAARUACAUUUGAUGCUUAAUAAUUAAAGUUUUCCCAAUUAAUUUUAACUGUGUUGUUGAGUUUACUUUUACUAAACAACUGUUCUUUGUGUCUCAUUUUCUGUAAUUAGGGUUUGAUCUUGACUCUCCACCUUAGAUUUAAAAAUAGAAUUCAGUUAGUAUAGAAUCAGAAAAAAAAGAUUAAAUGAGAAGAAAUUUAUUUUCUUACAUUGAAUUUAUUUGAUUUAUAUUUAAGCUUUCUUACCAGAUAAUCUGUAUGAAAAUACUAUGCCCUGUAUAUUGACCACUGGCUUUUUCUAGAGAAACUGCCUCUAAUUCUAGAUAAAGUUCUGUUACACUUAUGAGAAAGUCAUGGUAUGGAAGAAAAACAUUAUUUAAAAAAAAAAUCCAAACUGAUGAAUUAAUGGUUGUUUUUUAGAGCAAUUUUUCAAGUAUAAAAAGAAGUUGAGGUAAAUUAAAMCACAUUUCCUAUAAGAUCAUAAGUUCUAAUUUCUGUCAUCACAUAAAUAUGUUUUUCUUCAUACUUAAUCUUCAGGAGAAACACACUUGCUAAUAGUUUUGGUUAGAAUAAUAUAUUUUAUUGUAAUAUUUAAAUAGUAUCUUUACCUUUUUCAGUUUUUUAAAUACAGUUCUUUUAAGGCAAUGUAUGAAUGCCUUCUGUUAAUAUUAAGUUCUCAGGAAUAAGUUAGAUUAUGCUUUAAAAAUUAAAUUCACUCUUAGUUAACACUGGUCAUUAUCAGCCACAUUCCCCAAAUGGAUAAUAUUGCUUUAUUAUUUGUUGCCUAUCCCCACAACAAAAUAAUUUUUAAAUUGUUGUACAAAUUUUUUGUUGUUUUUUUAUUUAGCUCCAAAAUAAUAGUAUGUAAAACCAGUUAAAUAUGUAGCUCUAUCAAUAUACCCAUACAGUGAAAUUGCAUUUAAUGCAAGAGUUUGCUUGGUUAUAUGAAGAGUCAUGUAUAGCCAAUAUUUCCCUUAUAAAAUUCCAAGUCAAAAAUAUAUAUAGCCAUAUUUAUGCAUACAUUAAAGACUGGUAAUCUGUGUCUCAAAAUUUGUGGAUUUUUUCUUUUUGUCUGGCAUUGGAAUGGAUUUCUGUUUCUUAUAUACCAGGUUUCAUAUCUUUAAUGCCCUUUUUAUGCCAAAAACAUACAAAUAUCUUUAAAUACUAGAAACCCUCAGCUCAGUUCACCCAGUGAUUAACAUAAAUUAACUAAAGCUCACUGUGGGGAUGACAGAUUGACACAUGUUGUAUCUCAUUCCAGGUCAUGUUCUCAGUAAGUGGAGUGGCAAGUUAAAGCACAUUACUGUGUUAUUUACUUGCGAAUGCACACAUGCCAAGGACAUGUAGUUAAUUUAACACACAUGCAUGUUUUGUGACUUUACUACCAUACUSUAUUCACACUUUUUAAGAACUAUUUUUGUUGGAAAAGGCAUUCUUUCUUCAGAUAUAGUAAUGCAUAUGCAAAGUUCUAUAAAUCUUGAAAUGCUAUCUUUGGAUACUAGCAUUCAAUCAAAGAAUUUUUUWAAAAAUGUGUCUAAUUACAGGACUUUGGCUAGAACUUAAGUAGUACUGUAUAAUUGACAGUUUGAAAGUAUGUAUAUUUGACCCUAAUAGGCGUUAUUUAACUUCUCCAUAGCUAAGAAAGAUAAUUUUUUUCAAUGUUAAAAUUAUCUUUGUUGGAUUAGGCCCCAACUUCCUUAAUA